CGGCAGUGAAAAUGGCGUCCCACUUCAGCGGUGUGUUGCAGUUGACAGACCUCGACGAUUUUAUCACUCCUUCUCAGGAAUGUGUCAAACCUGUCAAAGUCGAGCGGAAACAGGGGAAAUCUGUGGCGAAAAUACAGAUAGAAGAUGAUGGCAGUUAUGUCCAAGUCUCCUUGGAUGGUGGUAAACAGACGCUGGAGAAAGCAAAGAUCACCCUGAAUGAUUGUUUGGCCUGCAGUGGCUGCAUCACCUCAGCUGAGAGCGUCCUCAUCACACAGCAGAGCCACGAGGAGCUCUUCAAAGUCAUACGUCACAACAAGGCUAAUGAGACGGAGCAGAAGAUCGUUGUGGUAUCAGUGUCUCCACAGUCCAGAGCUUCUCUUGCAGCGCACUUUGACCUGAGCAGUAGUGAGGCAGGAAAGAGACUCACUUCUUUCUUCAAAAAUCUGGGGGUUCACCAUGUGUUCGACACUGGCUUCAGUCGCACAUUCAGCUUGCUGGAGAGUCAGAGAGAGUUUGUGGAGAGAUUUCAGAGGAGGGAACAGGACAAAAAGGCCCUGCCCAUGCUAACAUCUGCCUGUCCAGGUUGGAUCUGCUAUGCAGAGAAGACACAUGGAGAUUAUAUUCUUCCGUAUAUCAGUACCACUCGCUCCCCACAGCAGAUGAUGGGUUCACUGGUUAAAGGAUAUUUUGCUGAACAGCAGGGGCUGAGUCCGCAGCAGAUCUACCACGUGGCUGUCAUGCCUUGCUUUGACAAGAAACUGGAGGCGUCGCGCUCAGACUUCUACAUGAACGACGCAGAGACCCGAGAAGUGGACUGUGUCAUCACUUCUGGAGAAGUUCAGAAAAUGCUCCAGGAGGAAAAUGUGUCUUUGAAAGAUUUGGAGCCUUCAGCUCCAGAUACAUUGUUCAGCAGUGUAUGUGGAGAUGAGUUCUUGAGCCAUGCAGGGAGUGGCUCCGGAGGCUACCUCCACCAUGUCUUCACAUACGCAGCCAAGCAACUAUUUGGAGAGGAGGUGAAGGAGCUCACCUACAAAACCCUCAGGAACAAAGACUUUCAGGAGGUGAUUCUGGAGAAGGACGGUGUCGUCCAGCUGAGCUUCGCUUCAACGUACGGCUUUCGCAACAUCCAGAACCUGGUGCAGAAACUCAAGCGGGGAAAGUCGCCUUACCAUUUUGUGGAAGUCAUGGCCUGUCCUUCAGGUUGUCUAAAUGGUGGCGGGCAGGUGAAGCCCUCAGACGGACAGAACCCGAAGGAGCUUCUCCACAAAGUGGAGGAGCUCUACAAAGCAGAGCGCCCCCUGUUGCCAGAAGAUGACAGUCGCGUGGCGGACUUGUACCAGUCGUGGCUCCACAGUGUCGGGGAGGAAAGAGCCAAAGAGCUGCUCCACACUCAGUACCACACAGUGGAGAAGAUGACCAACGGGCUCACCAUGAAGUGGUGACCAGGACCAUGCUGGAGCACGUUUCUGUUUUUUUCCAUUUGUCAGCAGACACAAUCAAAACCGUCCUGAAAAAAAUUAAGUGACGAGCUUUUAAAAUCCAAAUAUGUCUUUUUUGUCCUACUUUAUUCUUUCUCCUUGUCAGAAGACACCUGCAAGGUGGAAGAUUCGCUGUGGCGACGGUGCCUUAGCAAAAUAUUAUUUGUGAGAUUAUCAACUUUUAUUUGUAUUUUUUGUGGCAUCUGUUACACUAGAAUAAUCCAGAGUUUAGUCAUUCCUUAAUUUAAUGAUAUGUAAAUACACAGAAAAAUAAAAAUGCAUUAUUUAAUUGUAGUUGUUUGCCAUUUUGUAUUUUUGAGACAUAAAAAAACAGUAUAUAAAGAUUCAGAUUGAUGUGUUUUAUUGUGUAAUCUCCUCUGUAAUUACAAUGAGAAUAUAAACUUUGGGAUGAAAAGCAGCAAUUUACAUCCAUACUGUUGUACAGUGGAAGAUAUUUAUAACCAUGUAUAACAUUUACAGAGUUUCAACUGCAAAUGUAAGAAGAAAAAACCCCCAAAUAUAUACAGUAUGUUCAUUUAUAAAGCUAAAUGAAAGCAGGAUUACUAAAUUAACAUUGCUACAAAGAUAAUGAGGUACAACUCAA